GACUCGGCCUCGGUUGCGCGUGGACAGUGUUGUAAAUUUUUUCGUUGCGUAAAGAUGUCCACGGACACAGCAAUGGACUCGAGGCAAGUUGGUAGACAUGUAUUUCUUUUUUCCAAGCAAAACGGGCAUGAAGGUUCCCCUACUAUUAUUGCUAAGCCCGUAGAUAUAACACAGGAUUUACCCAGGGAAUUUCUUCGCUAUUUGAAAACGUUGUUCGAUAUUCUCGACGAAAAAGGUUCUGGUUUCUUAAGAUUAGCUGACAUUGAAUCGCGCUGGAAAACAAACCAAGGAUCAACUGCGCUCAAUGAGGGAGUUAUUGAAAGCUUACGGAAAGUAACACCAAAAAAUGGGCUGCUUAGUUUUGAGAGGCUUUGUACGGGUAUGAAACUCGCCCUCAAAACUCAACCACGAACUCAAAAUGGAACCACGGUAACGGUGAAUGGGUUUUCUGGUCACGGUCAAACGACCAAACGUUCGAGCUCUGUUCCUCAGCUGGACACUGCGAAAGAUUGGACUUCCGAUUCAAGCGAGGACUCUUUUGCUAGCGGUGAAAGGAGAGAAAAAGUGAAAAUAAUUAAACAAUUGAGAGACUGGAAGGAAGAAAAACAAGAAAAACGUCGUUCACUUAACUUUACUCCAACCAACAACAUCGGCGGAAACGACAGCUCCGGAAGUAGCAGUGAGUGUCUUUUAUUCUUAUCUUUCACAGGAUAAAUUUUAAUUGAUGGUUUGCUUGGCAACUAAAUUAUCCUGUGCAUUUUAGUUUGUGGUCAGGUUCAUUCUCUUCAAACUAAAAUAGUUGUUUUGAAUAGUUAUACCACGGUUUAUUUCAUAAACGAACUCGCGUUAAUUGAAAAUGGAAGGUGUUAUUCAGUAAACAGAACACGGAUUAUAAAGCAGCAGGCAAUAUGUCGACAUGUAAUACUCGUUUACAGUGCGAAGUGAAAGAAGCGCAAACAUAAUUUCAAUUAGCUCGAUUCUUGUUUUUAAGUCAACAAUUAGGCUUGAUGAAAUUUACUCGUUUCUUCGUUUUACUUGAAAUAUUAAAUUCAGUGACAUCUUUUAAAACAUUUGCAGCACCUUCGAGAAAAAUCAGCAAAUUUUAGUGUUUUUCCUCUAAGCUUUGUCUAAUCGUUCUAAGGAGGAUUUGUUAUUUAUCCGAAAGAAAGAUUAAGGCUAAAGAAUUUAAAAGAAAUUCUAAACCUUGAUCGAUCGUUCAAGUUAUUUGUAACUGUUAGAGCGCAACAGGGAUUAUAAAUUCCAGGUGGUUGGUAAUGAAGCUUAACAUGUUAUUUAUAUCUCAGACUUUGUGUCAUUCGUGUUUACAUUUCCACUGUACAUUAAUAAAGCUAGAAGACAUUUGUUUAGUUUUUUAUGACCUGCAACACCCGUGUUUUUUUUCUGGUAAAAAUAAUAAUAUUAAAUCUAGUUUCUUCCACAGUCAACUGCACCCAGUAGGACGGAUGCAUACAGCUAGCUCACCCAUGAAAACUGUUGAUGUUACAAAAUAAUCACAUUUUUUUUAUUUUGUUUUGUUUUUCCUUUCCCUUUUUCUUUUUUUCCUAAUAUAAGCAAGCUAUGAGGAGCAUAAAUUUUAUCAGCAAAUUUAUAAGAAAGAGAACUGUCUGCUAUUUUGGAAUGUCCAUAAGAGAGUUUCAACAAUACUUUCAAAUUCUCCUUUACUUUAUUUGUUUCACUUUUUACUUCUGCGUUUGCACUUUCUAGAGAGUCCACAAUAGGUUCAGGAUUUACCUUAUUUGAAGGUCAGGGUACGGGACUGGACGGAAGGGGAGGGGCAACCUUGUUCCCAGGAAGCAAGGUUGGGGGGGGGAGAUUUAGGAAUGACAGUAUGCACAGGAUGCAUAAUGCCGAGAUAAUCAUCAGGAUUGUGAGAUUGAGGGGAACUUGAGGGGUGGGUUUGAAGGGAGUAGAGAACCCUAUAGUGGAUCCUGGAUAUAGGGUUUUAAAACAUACUGCUAUUUUAAACACCACUUCUGAUCACCGGUACCAGUAUUUGAUGGUGUGUAUAUUUAUACACUGUUUGUAUUGAUACUGGUAUCAUUGUAAGGUCCUUCAUCAACAAGUCCAGUUAGAAGGAGUAACUCAACUACGAAAGUCUACUUUGUGGGUAAAGAAGAAAGUCCAAUAGCACAGACAAAUGGCCAUGUCAGACCUCCUGGCAUUCCAGAGGCUUCUAAGGUAAACAAGGCAUGAAUUUGUAACUUGUGCAUUGAAUUUUAUCCAUUUUAUUGUAAGGUUUAUAUUAGCAUCAAACCAGAUUACUAAUCACAUACUGUAUAUCAAAUUAUUGUAAUAUGCGAAUAUAUAAUUUAUUGUUGACAUCCAGUUUCAAUGUUAACACUUUGUCAUGUUAGAUUUUUUAUAUGUCGUAGGCUGUUUUACAACUGGAUUGUCAAAAUAAAUAGAAUAAUUAUUGCUGAUGGAUGCAAACGUGCACAUACAAAAACAAACAAAAUAUUUACAAGUAUAUCUAAAAAAAGAUUACACUGAAUUCAUACAUGUGUAGAAAUAGCUUUGGCAAUAUUUUGUUUACAAUUUAAGAAAAUAUUUAUAUCAAAAGAAAGAUUAUAUUGAAUUCAUACAACUUGCUUUGGCAAUAUUUUGUUUACAAUUUAAGAAAAUAUUUAUAUCAAAAGAAAGAUUAUAUUGAAUUCAUACAACUUGCUUUGACAAUAUUUUGUUUACAAUUUAAGAUUUAAAGUAUUGAUAAGAAUCAGUGCCCCUCCUGUAUUAGCCUGUACUGAUAUUUAUAUUUUAUACCAAAAAAGUGAUGAUACCAAUAUAUUUACGCUGUGUACCAAUAGUAAAAGCUUUUAAAAAGGCAGUGCUAAAAAUGUUUGGGUCUAGUGUAAUAUUCAUUUCAUUGUUCGUGGGUUAUUUUUUUUGUGUGCUUGUGAAUAAUAUUGUUAAUAAAUUAUUUGUGGUUAUAAAUGCCUACAAUGUAUUAAGCCUAUAAGACAGUUGGAAUGUCUAAAACAGUGGCAAAGAUGGGAGUUUAAACUGUGACAGGGUAGAAGGCAAGCUCAAAUACAAAAAAAUAAAAUUAAAAACUGACCAGGAGAUAGUAUGGCUUCCUUCUAGUUUGUGAAAUGACAGGUUUUGAAAGUCAGAUUACAAGGGACAUGCCAUAACCCCCUCUCCUUCCUCCUUUUGUCAUUUCAGCAGUAGUUAGCUUUAUGGAAGCAAUCUCUUUUUUGUAGCCUGCGUGUCAAUAUAUUAUUUUUGACAGUCAGAAGUCCAGACAUUUGUCUAGAUAAAUGUAUUGGACAAACGGUUCCUUUUUUUGACUAAAAUUUUCGAAGCAGUAAGCAAGCUAGAAUAAGUAUUUGCAGUCAAGACCACAAAAAAAUUAAUUUCCGGAAAUAAUAUAAGAUUUGCAAUAUUAAUUUUUAAGAUUGUUGGAACUUAUGUGCGUGUAAUGGAAAUAAAUCCAUUUUCAAAAAUUAAUUAUUCUUUUGGGAGUUUUCCAGAAAUAUGCCAUUUUCACGCACAUUUCUCUGAAAAGAUCCUAAAUGCUUUACAACGAUUUACUUCUCAACCCUCUUUUCAAGAAUGGAGAUGAAAAUGAGAAAGCCACAAAGUAAUAAUUAUUUGAAUUUCCAAGUUGUCUAUUCAUUAUUAUUUAUAUUGCAAUUUGCUUGUCUGUUUUAUUGCAGGAGGGACGGUUGAAGGAGUUGGACGAAGAGCAUGAUCUUUUACAAAGCGGCCUUCAGGUCAUUGAAAAAGCAAGAAAAUGGUAUUUUAAAAGGAUUACUGCUAUUCAAGAAGAAAAGUUGCAUCUUCAAAAUCAAGACCAGUAUUCAUUAGAACAGGUAUUAAAGGCCUUCAAAUGUACAUGUAGUUCAACUAGUUACAGUUUUGCAAAUAUUUUUCACACUCUGUCCAAAUGUCUGCUUGAAUCUGUGGUGCUUUCAGUACCAAUAGAACUUUAGGGCACUUUCCAUUUGUGAGAACUGACUGGCCAGACCAUUCCCAUCGUAACGAGAAUUUCUCUUUUAAGCAAACUAUCCAGCUAGUAGAUCAGUCAAAUCCUAAAUAGUUAUAUGCAUGAAGGAGUUAGUUUUUUUAUUUGCUAAUGGACUGGUCUGGCAAUGUUCCAGUCGGCCAGUUCUGCAGACAAAUGGAAAGUGCUCUUAGAUUAUACCUAACUUACCAUUAAUUCCCAUCUCUUUUAUUAGGAAUUAAUGCAGUUUGUCUCUUUUAGUUUCAGUAUGAGCUUUUGCUUCACAAAACAAGAAGGAAAGAACUUGGACUGGAUAAGGCAACGUUCAAAGAACACAAACACCACAUACAAGACAUUAAUGAGAGCCUUGAAAAAAUUAUAGAUGGAAAAUUGCCAGCAAAGGUUCAUUAAUUAUUUACUUUACACUUUUUGUAGAUUUUAAAUCUUAAAUUUGGGAAAUAUAUCAUGGAGGCUGGAUUAUCAAAAGAGAGUUUGGGUGAGGAGGUUCACAGUUACAGUGAUGGAUGUUGGUGAAUAUGAAACCAUGUUGUUGCUGUAGUGGUCACAUUUAUAUGGAUGGUUUUUUCUUUCAAAAAAGAUAGAGUGCAUGUACAUCUGUAAAUUGGUGUCUCUUGACAGAAGCAAGGUGCAAAAGGGUGGAGUUUCAUACUCCUCCCCAGAUCCCUUAUUACACUGUAGUAGACUUCUGUUCUGUACAUUUUUUGCAUUUACAUUAUUAAUUAUUUACACUUUGUUUUACAAGCCAAGUUUGGCAUGCCCAAACUGUGACAAGAUGGUUGUAUAUUUUGAAGAAGUCAACCAUGAUUGCGGUGCAGGAGGCAUCCGCAAGAUUUUCUAUGUUUAUAAAUAAACCAAUAUCUUCUCCCAUUGAGUGACAAAACUCACUGAGAGAGUUCUAUAUUUUGGAAAAGUGGACCAUGAAUGCAAUCCAGGAGGCAUUCUCAAGAUUCUUUAUGCUCAUAAUAAUUUAUUGGAUACAUAUCUUUUCCUUUCUAGGCAUCUUCAAAUGAAACUUCAGAGGCUGAUGAAGAAAGAAGGCGGCUCCAAGAUGAAGUGGAACGUCUAAGAAAGGUAUUCAUGAUUUAGGAGAGCUGAAGAGAAAUCGGGGGGGGGUUGAGCAAUGGAUGGAAGAAAAACAAAGUGGACAGAAAAUAAAAUAUCUAUCAGCAGUAAAACAAAUGUCCCCCCACCCCCUUUAAACAAAACCUUAUUCUUUUCAGCAGUUACUCAAUAUUAUUCUCUUAAGGGUGUUAAUUGUGAUACCAAAUAUUAUUUCUUUAGCAAGAUGCCCUGGGUUAACACGCAUCAUGAAAACUUUUGAAUUCCAGAGUCUGAUUUCAAGAACUUGAAAGUACUUGAAAUCCUUUUAAUCCUUGACAUCUGAUUUUUUUUAUUGAAGAACCUUUAAGCUAUCAACACCUUAAAAUGUUGCAAAGGAGUGAGUGGUAAUACAGGCAGAAUAAAUGCUUGCAAAAUUAUGCAAGGCAUGUGUUCAACUGUUCCCAGUGCUCACUUGUUGCUCUUAUGCAAAACUAGACUGAUCCAAAAGUGCACUUUGUGUGUCCAUGGUCUGCAAGUGUUGUCAUAAUUCAAGAUCUCAUUUUCUAGCAUUUCUGCAUGAGCUCUCAAAAAAGGUCCUGACAAUUUCAAAGCAGGGUCUUUGAAAAGUUCUUGAAGGCCUGAAAAAGAGUAGAAUCCUGUACAACUGCUUUUGCGGGCUACUUGUACAAUGUAUAUUGCCUUUUUCCUGUCGGAGGUUCCUCUGUCACUGAAAUUUGUGACACCUCAGCAAUACUUAACCAUGACUCAUUUUUAUUGUUUUCAGGAGGUUGCUGACAAGGGCAGCAAAAUCACUCAGCUGGAAAAUGAGAAAUCUGCUCUCAUUCGUGACUUGUUCAACAACAAGGCUGCAGGGAAAAAUGGCUUUGGGCCAAAGAAAGGAAAUAAAAUCUUCUAAUGUUUUGGGUGAGACCCUGCAAGACACCACAGAUACCUUUACUGGUUCAGUGAGAAAAUUUAUCUAUUUUAUAUCUAUUUUGGAAAUGUAACUACAGUCUGCCAUGAGGCUUCACCAUGUUAUUGUAAUAUGUCUUUACACCAAGAUUUCAGUCUAGCUUGAGAAAUCAGCCAGUAUUUUGCAACACCACCACUUGUUUCCCUGCGAAAUGAUGUCUGAGGAACAAGCACAGACAUUCUAUACUGAUGACGCGUCACUACCCUGAUCUGGGUUACUAGUGCUUCUGACUGGUCUUGCUACAUGGGAAAUUUACUUCAACCUAUCAGAAGCCAGUGCCCAGGUCUGGAUAGUGACAUGUCUUUAGUGUAGAAUUUCUGUGCUUGCUCCUCAGACAUCAUUUCGCAGGGAAACCAGUGACAACACCGCAAAAUGUCUGUUGUUUUUUAAGGUUAAUUUCUGUCAGGUAGCAUCUGGGUAUUCUUGCAUGUCCAGUUUUUGGUGGACAAAAUACAUGUAUAUAUUUUUGACAUGGUUUCAGAGCUGCUGGUGCGAGAGUUGAGGUGGAUGUCACCUAUAAAUUCAUGGCUAAAACUCUGCUUGACAUUCAUUAAAUGUUAGACUAUUGCAUUAUGGUGUCUGUAAAAUCAGUAGUCGAACAUUACUAACAGAGAAAUGUUAACUCGAUUUUGGCAACUUUGUGUAAUGCGCAGGGAGCAUUGUACACUAUUGCGACUUUGAAUGUGUAAACAGUGGAGUCAAAACUCCAUGUGGACUGCAUGGAACAGUUGGCCAUGUGCUCCACACCAAUUACAUGUUUGGCCAGCAAACUAGCUACAGUGGAAACUCUUGUAUGUGAACGCCCUCAAGGUGUGAAAAAAGUGUCCACCACUGGAGCUGGCCACUCACGAGAGUGUAAAAAUACAGUGGUUGUAUGGGAGUGGGGAUAAAUGCGCGGGGGGGGGGGGGGUUGGGGCUGUUGGCAGGUGUAAAUAUAGCUGUCUGCUUAUACGGGGGUUUCUGUUGGGGGAUUUUCCCCUGUACAGUAUGUAAGUGUUAAACGCCAAGGGGGGCUGGGGAUGCCCCAGUUUUGGGGGGCUCAAAUUAAGGAAACUUAACAGAUUAUAUAAAAAGGUUGAUUUAAAGAGCGGGUGAGGGGAUGGCAGGUCGUCGAGUCCCAAACAACAAGUGAAGUAGGUGAGAGGGAAAAAGAGAAGGUAGGUGUGUCAUUAGGCGGGGGCGCCAGACGGAAGGGGAGAAAAGACGGGACGGCGGGGGGGGGGGGGAGGGGGGAGAGGGGAAGAGGGGGGGGGGGGGGGGGGGGGGGGGGGGGGGGGGGGGGGGGGGGGGGGGGGGGGUUGGGGCUGUUGGCAGCUGUAAGUAGAGCUGUCUGCUUAUACGAGAGUGUCUGUUAGGGGAUCUUCCACUGUACAGUAUGUAAGUGUUAAACGCCAAGGGAGACUGGGAAUGCACCAGUUUUAGGGGGCUCACAUUAAGUAAACUUAACUGAUUAUAUAACAAGCUUGAUUAGAUAUUUAACAAUUAUUCCUCAAGCCCGAAUGGGCUCUGAGUCAAUAGCUCAUAGUAUAUAAGUAUAUUGGAUCAACUUGAUUACUCAUUUUAGGUAUUCUGGAUUUACCAAUUUAAGAUUCAUUAUAAAAAGAAACCAUGUUAUUUGUAUUAAUAUUAUAACCACAAAGAAAAUUUAUUCACAGAACAGUUUGAUAUAUUUAUCUUAUUUGUACUUCGGUGUAAAGUCAUUUUGAACAUAACAAUUUAUUUGAUUUGAUUAUCAUAUCAUAUAAGAGUACAUAAUAUCCGGAAGAUAUCAAUUUCAUUUUGUUAGUUUUAUACUGCUGUAUUUCAGGGCCCAGUUGUUCGAACGCUGGUUUGCGGUAACUCAGGGUUAAAUUUUAACCCAGGUUUCUUUUUCUUUUUAUCAAAAGCACACUAUCGGAUAGUUUUCUCUAUUCUUUUUAGAGUAUCCAGUCAUCAAAUUGUAGGCAAAGAGAAUUAAACUGAAUUUUCUUUUUAAGCUCUCAUAUCUGAGUUCAAAUUUCGCACUAACCCUGGGUUACCUUUACCCAGCUUCGAACAACCCGGCCCAGAGUGAUGUUUACCUUAAUCGUACUAAUUUUCACUAUUACUCUUGGAUUUUGGCUAUUCCAGAAAAAAAGAAAUUCUAGUUUGAAAGCUUUUAAAAUUGCACCAAAAUAACGUCUUGUCCUGGAAAACUGGCCAAAAAUGGGCACCGUCAAAAGCUGAAGAUACUAAGACCUGGAUCCUUCAUGAAUGAACUGCUUUCUCAUUGGCCUGCGUAGCAAGCGUUUCCGCGCGAAUUUGUCGAGAAACAUGGUUGUUUUGCUCUCUCUCCAGCUAUCGGGCAAUAAUUUAUUGGAAACGCUUGCUACGCAGGCCACGUUCUCAUAUGCAGUGAUAUUAGCGUGAAAUUUAUUAAGAAUAAGGCUACAGAAGGGG